UACUUUUUUAUUAUAAAUUGAUUAUAUUAUACUUUUAAUAGAUAUAUUAUUUCUGGUGUGAUAGACAGUAUACAACUAUUGAUUUAAAUAUUUCUUAGUCAAAAUAAUUUCAUUGUCAAUUAUCUAAUGGCAGAAAAUCAAAGAUUUAUACCAGGUCCUCCACAAUUACCUCCUUUAUAUAGAGGGCAGAAAAUAAAAACAGGUCCAUAUACUACUGUAGUCACUGAUGAAAUGGUUGCGCAAAGAGAAAGAGAAAACGAACAAUUGUAUAGAGCUUGGCGCGAGCAACAACGAAGAAGAGAAAUAGAAGAUGAUGAGUACAUAGGCGAAUUUAAAGAAGACAAAGUGAGAAGAACUUUUAUUAGAAAAGUUUUCUGUAUAUUAACACUUCAAUUAUUAUUUACAUCUGGUGUCAUAGCAAUUUUUCUAUUCGUGGACUCUGCAAGAAAAUUUAUGAUAAUUCAUUGGUAUUUGUGGAUUGUAGCUAUGAUAUGCUUCGCUAUUUCUUUUUGUGCCAUAUCAUUUUUUGAGGGAGCUAGGCGAUCUCCACCUUUCAAUUAUUUGUGGCUAUGUUUAUUGACAAUUGCUAUGUCAUAUCUAGCUGCUUUUGUAUCUGCCUUUUAUGAAAUUGAAAUAAUUUUGAUGGCAUUAGGUAUGACAACAUUAAUUACAUUAGGAAUAAGUCUCAUUGCAACAUUUACUAAGUUUGAUUUAACCAUGAGAACAGGGAUAUUGUUCAUUAUUGGACUGGCUGCUAUUGUAUCAAUUUUUGUGUUGAUAAUAACCUUGAUGUUUACAUACAUUAGAUUAUUACAUAUCCUGAUUUCAAUUAUAGGAAUGGCCUUAUUAUCAACAUACUUGUUCUUUGAUAUACAAACAAUUAUGGGUGGAAGAAGAAUAGAAUUAAAUCCAGAUGAAGUUGUAUUUGCAACAGCACAAAUUUAUGUUGACAUUGUAUUGUUAUAUCAAUAUAUCUUAAUGUUUAUGGGUUUGAUGCAUCAUCAAUGAAUAUUAAAGAUAGAUUUAUAUCAUAUUUCAUUAUAAUUUAUCUUUAUUAUAGCAAUAUAUUUUUUUAAAAAAAACUUGAAUAUCAAUAAAUAAAUUA